AUGCUGCUGGCUGUGCUGCUGCUGCUGCCCCUCCUAGACCCACGGCCUGCCCGCGGGCACCCACCGUACAUGCGCCUGCCCCCCAGCACCCUGCAAGUUCUGUCGGCCCAGGGGACGAAGGCAUUGCAGGCUGCCCAGAGGAGCGCCCAGUGGGCGGUAAACCUAGUGGCGAUGGAGAUCCAGCAUAGACUGCACGAGUGCCAAGGACCUGGGCGCCCCAGGCCUCAAGGCCCCCUGCUCCAAGAGCCACCUGAGCCAGAGCUGUGCGGGGAGAGGCGCCCCGGGACCGUCAAUGUGACGCGGGCUCACGGCCGCAUCGUGGGGGGCAGCGCAGCGCAGCCGGGGGCCUGGCCCUGGCUGGUGCGGCUGCAGCUCAGCGGGCAGCCCCUGUGCGGCGGCGUCCUGGUGGCGGCGUCCUGGGUGCUCACGGCGGCGCACUGCUUCGCGGGCGCCCCGAACGAGCUCCUGUGGACGGUGACCCUGGCCCAGGGGCCGCGCGGGGAGCAAGCGGAGGAGGUGCCGGUGAACCGCAUCUUGCCCCACCCCAAGUUUGACCCUCGGACCUUCCACAACGACCUUGCCCUGGUGCAACUGUGGACGCCGGUGAGCCGGGCAGGGGCGGCGCGCCCCGUGUGUCUGCCCCAGGGACCCCGGGAGCCGCCCGCCGGCACCGCCUGCGCCAUCGCCGGCUGGGGGGCUCUCUUCGAAGACGGGCCCGGGGCCGAGGCGGUGCGGGAGGCCCGCGUGCCCCUGCUCAGCGCAGACACCUGCCGAAGGGCCCUGGGCGCCGGGCUGCGCCCCAGCACCAUGCUCUGUGCGGGUUACCUGGCCGGGGGCAUCGACUCGUGCCAGGGCGACUCUGGCGGCCCCCUCACCUGCUCUGAGCCUGACCCCCGCCCCAGGGAGGUCCUGUAUGGGAUCACCUCCUGGGGGGACGGAUGCGGGGAGCCCGGGAAGCCUGGGGUCUACACCCGUGUGGCCGUGUUCAGGGACUGGCUCUGGAAGCAGAUGCGAGCGGCCCCUUCCAGCCGCGAGCCCAGCUGCAGGGAGCUGCUGGCCUGGGAGCCGCAGGCCGACGACGCCCCGCCCUGCGCCUUCCACGCGCGCCUGUACUGCCCUGGCCUGGAGCCCCUGCAGCAGAAGUUGUCCACCCUCCAGGCCACCCAUGCCUGGAUCCUGCAGGUCCCCUCAGAGCGCCUGGCCAUGGACUUCCAGGAGGUUCUGGCGGAUCUGAGCUCCAAGACAAUAACAGGGCUCUUUCGAGCCUGGGUUCGGGUUAGCUUGGGGGACCAACAUGUGGUCUUUGGUGGCCUGGUGGGCCUGGAGCCAGCCACACUGGCUCGAAGCCUCCCCCGGUUGCUGGUGCAGGCCCUGCAGGCCUUCCGCGUGGCUGCUCAGGCCAGGGCAGAGCCCCAGGGAGCCCAGAAGGGUGCAAGGCAGAUCCGAGGGUUGGGGGGGCAGGGACACCGCCCACUUGGCCCUCAGGUUCUCCCAGCCAGGCAGCCAUGAGCCACGUCUGGGCCCCCAGCCCCUCGUCAGGACCUGCU